AUGCUCCUCAUGUUAUCGAGGAUACUGUCUCGUUCGAAUUGCAUCCUGAUUUUGGUGAUAUUCAACCUUGCGUCCUCGGCACCUUUGAAAUCCCAGAAACACUCGCCGUUCCAGAGCGAACAAGGCUUCUCGGCUUCCCCAAAGAUCUUGGAGCUUCAGCUGCCGCUGAAAAUUUCGUCGAAAGAAGAUUUAUUAGCUUGGUCUAAGUACGUAAUGAGUUUGAUGGCGUCGAAGAUCAAUUUCAUGUCGCCUUUCAAAAACUUAUCGGACGAGAAACGAGCUCCCUUUACGAGCAAUCCAGGCUCGAAGUCGAAGGAGACGAUGAAGAAGGCACCUCUCAAUGAGAAACGACAAGGUCCAAAUUAUCCAGCGCGAAGGCUCAAGGAACCUCAUAUGCAAAGACCGGAUGAAAAAGUGGUUGCUUAUCCUCUGCCCAUAGGGGCGAUGAAACCGACAGCACCCAAUCCUCCCCAGCAAAAUCCUUCUAGCUUUUCUACGGGUUUCAACGAGCCGACUGAUUUUGGACAAUACAUGGACUUCAACCUCGGGAAUCUCUUUCAGCAAAGUGAAAUUGAUACCUUUGGAAAUUUGGAUUUCUUGCAGCAGCCACCUACCAACGUGUAUCUCCCGUUGCCACCGAUCGAUGCCGCUAAAUCGUAUCAGAGCGCCAUUGGUAAGAAUGUUUCCGGCUUCGGGGAGUCGGCGAGGCUUCAGACGAUGAAAAAUUCCUUGGAUCUUCACAUCAAGACUCCCAGUGUCGAACUAGAACAGGCAUUGCCAAUCGCCAUAAAUAACGAAUUUACUGGAAUGAAUCUGUCGCAUAUAGGCGAACCUCUGCUGACUUUUCCGUUCCAAGCAGUGGUCACGAUCGCUAAAAACCUACCAGCGGCUACGAUGAUCUCGAAGAUGCAGGCGAAUGAUUAUACCGCGAUUGGAGAUCUUCCGAGGGAGUUUCUGCCAUACUUCGAACAAAACAACCUUUCGAACGAAUCCGGACAAAUCAACGUCGUCCUCAAUGAUUUCAUCGCAGAUACGAGUGAGACGAAAACGCGGGGAAACGUGAAAAAGGGGAAAGAAGAAAAGAAGGAGCAGAAUGUACGCGAGCCGAAAAAGCAAAGCCAGAAGAAAGCCACGAAUAGCACGAAGAAGCUGAAGUCGUCCAUAAAACGACAAUCGUCCGCACUCGGGGAUUUACUGAGGACGUUGGGUAUUUUGCGGAAAGUGCCGAAGAAUGCCACUGAGGUUAACAUCGCGACGCCUUUACUCUCUAUCUUGAAAGGUACGAACUCGCAGAAGAUACAAGUGGCCUUGGAAGAGAUACCGCCGCCUCGUGGAAGACGCAACGAAACGUUUCUAGCGCAGCAAGUGAACGGGAAUGAUGACGACGAUGAAAACGGCAAUAGUGAGAACGGCAAUGGUGAGAGCGGCAAUGAUGAGAACGGCAAUGGUGAAAAUGGCAAUAGUGAAAACGGCAAUGGUGAGAACGACGAUGAUGACGAAUCACAGACAGAAGCCCAAGAAGACGACGACGACGACGAAGAAGAAGAAGAGGGUGGAUCCAUACAAGCUGUGAUCGACUUACUGCCGUUAGCUGCGCCAAUUCUCGAAGAACUUAGUGAUCCAGAUGCCGAGGUUGAUAUAGCAGAAGUGCUUCAAGGUGCAAUUCCUCUUCUCGAAGGACUCUCUGACCCGGAAGAGGAGGGAGGCGUCGAUAUUCCAGCAGCCUUAUUGCCCCUCUCUCAAAAGCUCAGCGAGGGCCCGGACGGACAAGGUAGCGAUUCUGGCGCCAUUUUAGGACCUCUCAUUCAGCUGAUAGCGCCGUUGAGCGGACCUCUUUCGGGCCCCCUGAUCGGUCCGCUCAGUCGUUCCAGUAGUGGCCCCGACGGCGUACGGGGGUCGGCGUCUGCAUUUGCAGCAUCGGCUGAGCCUUUGAGCAAGCCUCAGGGACCAUAUGGGCAAUCGGUGUUGUCGGGACUUAUCGCCAGUAUCACCGCUAAACUAAGUAAAGAAUCCGCUGUUGCGGCAGGUGACUCAGAUGUGAAAUCUCUAGUAAGCUCGAUUGUGUCAGGCGUGCUUGCUGGUGCCAGUACUGGUUCGAAAGGCCACAAGGGUCAAUACGGUUACGGUCAGAGUGGUAAUAAUGGUAACAAUAGAUAUGGUCAGAGUGGUUAUAACAAUAGAUACGGUCAAAAUGGUCAGAGCAGUAACAGAGAUACGUACCAAUCGUCUACAUCCUACGGCGGUUAUCAUCAGUCCUACGGCAGCUAUAAUAAACCCUCCGUAAGAACUUGUAUUUUUUUUACAUAUAUGCGCAUAAUUUUAUAUUUUUCUAAACUAAUUGAAUUUAAUUACUACAUCUUCGGCGCUGUCCUGAAGCUGUCGGCAACGUCGUCGCGCGCCGGUGCAUCGCUAUCCGGCAAGGCGUCAACCGCUGGCGCAGAACUGUCGGCCGGUUCCUCAGAAUCGUCACAGAAACCAGAGAGCCCCACGUAUGGUCCACCCGCGCAUCCGACGUACGCAGCACCGCCGCAUCCGACGUACGCAGCACCGCCGCCCACUUCCUACGGUGCACCUCCGUCCACGAGUUCUCCUUACGUGUCAUUCACGCGAAGACAAAUCCCGCGGAAGCAAAUAAAGAAAUUUUGA